AUGAGUAUAUUUCAUCUUUCUGAACGUGAUAAAACAUUACAAGAAUUAACUAACGAAAGUAUAACAUCUAUAUGGUAUCGUUUAAUGUUUACAGUUCUCCAAUCAAUGGUAAAAUAUGGUAAUGCAAAAGAUGAUAUGGUUGAGGUAUGUCAAGCAUGUUACUAUGAUAAUAAAGCUCAAAACAAAAAAAUAAUUGAUUUUGAAAAAGACUACUCCCCAGAAAAAGCAGUUUGGUGGUAUACAUAUGAUAGUUUUCUAUAUCGUUUAUUAAAUAAAGCAUUACGUACACAAAAUAUGGAAAUAAUAUUUAAAUUUCGAUUUUUUUAUCAAUGA